AUGCAAAAAACUUGGGAUGGUGUGCCAAGCAUAGUUCCAGCAAAGAAAUUGCUUCGACGAUCUUUUUCCAAUAAUUCAAACAAAGAAGCCUCAAUGGCAGUAGAUGUUCCUAAAGGACAUUUCGCAGUUUAUGUUGGUGAGAAUGAAAAGAAGCGUUUUGUUGUUCCUGUCUCAUUCUUGAGCCAACCUUUGUUUCAAGAGUUGCUUACUCAAGCUGAAGAAGAAUAUGGAUAUGAUCAUCCAAUGGGAGGCCUAACAAUUCCAUGCACACAACAUGUGUUUGUCGAUGUCAUCUCCAAUCUGAAUGCUUCAUGAAACUCAACAAAAUUAGGCACAUUCAUUGCAACAUUUUUGUAAAGUGAACAAUGUCCAUACAAUAUAGAACAUUUUUUCAUUUUAGAUUUUUUUAUUCUCUUUUUCUUGAGGAGUUAAUUAUGGCUCCCAGAAUUAAUGAGGACGUUAUGGAACAUGAUUACAGAAUACUAUAAACAAUUAAUUUUCUAUUUCUUUCAA